CUCCGGACGCGGUGCCCACUAGGCACCCCGAUUCCCGGAAAACGUCCCGUCCGAGAAGCUGAGCGUCGCGGUAAAACCAAAGCUCCCGCUUCCUGCUAAAAGCUCCCGUAGGAGGCUGUGGAAAUAUCUCGGUGCUCAGAAAUGGAUGGCGUACUCACAGUCCUCUGCGUUUCCUCGUUGUCCUUGCGGAGUUUUUAACCUCAGAACGGUGCAAGCGAGAUGCAAGUAUGGACAUAAUAGCCUAUGAUGAUUACUCCAGUCCACCGCUUCAGAGAUAUUGAAAGGACACCUGAAUACCUCCAGCCAGAAAAGUGUGUUCCACCUCCUAGCCGCGCUUCCCUGGGAACAAUGUGGUUUAUUCGAGAUGGCUGUGGUAUUGCAUGUGCUGUCGUUACCUGGAUGCUGGUGUUCUAUGCCGACUUUGUAGUCCUUCUUGUCAUGCUAGUUCCAUCGAGAGAUUAUGUUUAUAGUGUCAUCAAUGGCACACUGUUCAACACCUUGGCUUUCCUCGCUUUGGCUUCACAUUUUCGUGCUAUGCUGACAGAUCCAGGUGCUGUACCCAAAGGUAAUGCCACAAAAGAGUUCAUCGAGAGUUUACAGCUAAAGCCAGGACAGGUGGUUUACAAGUGCCCAAAGUGUUGUAGCAUCAAACCCGACAGAGCACAUCACUGCAGUGUUUGCAAGAGGUGCAUUCGAAAAAUGGACCAUCACUGCCCGUGGGUCAAUAACUGUGUAGGAGAGAAUAACCAGAAGUACUUUGUACUGUUUACAAUGUAUAUAGCACUGAUUUCCCUGCAUGCUCUAAUCAUGGUGGGAUUUCACUUCUUGUACUGCUUUGAAGAAGACUGGACAAAAUGUAGUUCCUUCUCUCCACCAACUACAGUGAUUCUACUCAUCCUCUUGUGUUUUGAGGCUCUCCUAUUUCUCAUCUUCACCUCAGUUAUGUUUGGGACCCAAGUACACUCCAUCUGCACUGAUGAAACGGGUAUUGAACGACUUAAAAACCAGAAGCCAACCUGGGAGAAGAUCAGCGGCUGGGCAGGAAUGAAGCUGGCAUUUGGAGGUGCCUUCUCCCUGGGUUGGUUCAACCCUUUCUCAAACCUGAACUGCGAGAGCCCAGCGCCGGCUGAAGCGGUGCCAGCAGCUCCUGAGUCUGAAAUAAUGACCCAAGAAGAAAUCGAGCAGUUUCUGGCUCGGGAUGUUGCCAUCCAAGUGCUGCGUGAAUAAGCAAAGUGUCCUUCUCCUCCAGGAGAAGCUUUCAGGUGGUUUGGGUUUUUUUUAAAUAAUUACUUGUGCUGGAGAUUUAAGGGUUGUUUUUUAACAUACUUUCUGGUGCGUUAAAAAAUUCAGGAGUAUUGGUGUGGAACAGAUGCUACUGCACUAGCAGAAGCAAUGCAAAUCUCCAGAGAGAGCUUCAUAAGUGAUGGGGUUUAUAAGCUCCUUUUCAGACCUGUGUCAACUGCUUUAUUGAUCUUUUCUUACAUGGCCUUUAAGGACAGUUUAUAAUUGUCAGAUAGAUUGGCUCCAGUUCCCAGAAAUGUGCCAUCCUAGGGAGUCUGGUUAAUCUUUUGUUCUUACAGCCCUUUGGAGGACUAAAUGUGUGAUGGCAAGAUUAGCCAGCUCUGAAGGUUUUCUGGAGAAAUGCAUCCUCUUUAUCCCAUCCCGUGGGUGCUCUUCUGAGUAAUGAAUGUUGCUGGUGCACCAGUCUUAGCAGAGGUGGGGUACAGGGCGACGGAUGAGCUCACCCUGGGUGUGAUUCCUUUGGACUCUGAAAUAUCUCCAGGGGUUAAUUUUUACCCUCUGUGCUUUUGAGACUGCCCAGGACUGGUGGUGCUUCUUGGAGGUGGUGAUGGGUUUGUGAUGGUGCCAGGCUGGCAGGAGCAUUCACCCAUGGCCAGUGCAGCCAAGAAUGGGCAAAUGUUGGCUGGGAUGUCGAGCUGCUGGUGCUGGUGGGGGGGAAGCUUUUCCCCAGGGCUGUGGUUCAUUCAUGUGUAAGAUGUGUGGAGUGGGAGCUGCCUGGCUGAGCUCUGCAGCCCAGGGAGCAGGGAAGUGGUCUAGGCCAGGUACCAGGGCUAUGUGAACACCCUGUGAUGGAGGUACUACCUCUCUCCAUUUGACUUGUCUAAUUUAGAUGUUUCUCUUCUUUUCCUGGUAGCUAGAGUUGGUAGAGAAUGAAUAGUGCCUCCUAAUCUUACUGGGGUAUAACAUUGUCCUGCUAGUACGUGCCAUUACACUGGGUUUCCUUGCACUAAUUUUGCAGCCAGCCCCUGCAGAGUGCUGGUGAACCUGUAUGUCCUAGCUUAGGGCAAAUUUGGGAGAAAUUUGGAGUCAUCCUAGGACACUGUGGAAGGAACACCCAUCACUCAGAGAGGGCAUCACUGCUGGAGGCAGCAAAGUCCUGCAGAGGUGUUGCCAGCUGCUGCAUUCAGAUGCACUGCAAAUGCUUGGCAUCCUUCAGAUGUCAGGCUACUUUCAGUUUAGGCUGUUCUUCAUUUGUGUUUUUUUUCUUCUUCUGUCAUAUCCCUUAGAUUAAUUGUCAUUAAAUUUGCAGGAGACUAGAAAUAUGCUAAUGGUUUUCCCCCCACAGAACAUGUGUUCUUUUAUCUCCCCCACCCCUGUAACCUGAACCAAAGGUAACUGCUUCCUCUCAAAAGGAAGAGAAAGGAGUUUUUGGGAUGAAAGCAUGGUAUUGUGAAAGACCUAUAUGAAGUUUUUAUUAUUUAUAGGAGCAAUAUCAAAAUGGAAUUUUUACAAGAUUUUUUUUUUUUCUCUGCUUAUUUUUAACCCCUCAGAAAGCAUCUUUGUGUGCAUUAAUUGUGUGGCAUUCAGGGCUACUGUGGAGGGAUGAGAUUCUCUCCUGGACUUGUUCUCUGCCAUAGCAGUCCCUUUUUCUGGCAAAGGUACUGGGAACAAAUAGAGUGCCUUGACUGUUAGAAGCACAGCUUCACCAAAACCAGGGUGAUUGACAAUUCUGAAUAGUUGUCCCAUCCCCUGUUCCCCCUGGAUGUCUUCUCUUUGUCAGUAAAAAGUAGAUCUAGAAAAUGUGAUUAGGAAUUGUGUAUUUAUAGCCUUUGGGAUAAAGGGAAACCCCACAUUUGAGGGGAAAUGAGAUAUCCUCUCUUGUCUUUUAGACAGGAGGUCUGGAAUUCCUGUGCCCUGUGCAGCAGGGUGUUGAGGGAAGAAGCCCUUCUCCUUCUGCACUAGCCUGUGUUCAUCUCUCAGCAUCCCACAGGAACGGGAUGUCAGGGACAUACACAGGUCUGUAAGGGAUUUUCUGUAGGGAGCAAUGGUGAUGUUGAAAGAGGAAGACUAAGAGUGCCCUUUUUAGCUCAUGGUUUCUAAUUUUGGCUUGCUGCUCCGCCUCUGCAUCCAGCUAACACCUCUGCCUCCAGUGCUGUGUCUGCAAUAGGAAUGGUGCUAGAGGGAGGAACUGCUCUGUGGCUGAAAAUCACCUUGAGGCAGGCAUGUAGGGAUGUCAGCUUGGGAGAGACCCCUGUGCUCUGCAUUCCAGGGAUGCUUCUCAGGACAGGGACCCUACUCUGGGACAUGGCUUUGGGUAGGCAUGGAUGGAGGCAGCCUAAUUUCUCCUCCACUCAAACCUGGUUCACUUCAUCACAAGAACAGUUUGCCUGUUUCCCACCUCUCCUGUUGUUCCUCCAGUGCUGGCAUUUCCAGGUUUGUUUUUUUUAACAGGGGACACAGAAAAGUAGUGUGAGGAGGAGGGUAAGAGCCAGAACAGUCAUCUCCCCUCCUCAAUUACAGUCUGAAUGAGACAGGGAUGUGUCCCUGUGCCUUACACAGAGCAUGGACAGUCAACUCUAUCUGUGGUGCCCCCAAGACUUAGCAGGGUGACUUCCUGUGCCCAGCAAAUCAGUUCUGGUGUUUCUUGGCUGUCAGUCUCCCUUGUCCCCUUCCAAAGUACCGGUACCCCUUGGUGUAUCUCCUUUGUGUCUCAAUGUAGAGUGACAAAUGUCAGAAAUCACAAGUCUUCAAAAGUUGGAAAAAUCUGUUUUAUCCACAGCUUUUGUAUAAACCUCAUUCUUUAAUGAUUGACUGGUAGCUUGAGACCAACAUGAUUUUCAUGGAAUUGAACCUAAGCUCACUGUUUACCUUCCCUUCCCCCUACACACUUCUUGCCCUUUGUUAGAGCAUGCCUUCAUGUUCAGACCAUGCUGCUAUGGUCCUAGCUGGCUCACCACCUCCCAGGAAAGACAUCCUGGAGAGCCUGCUUGUAGUGCCCUAGAUUUAUGGGGCUGGGGAGGAUGCUCCCCCUGCACUGCUCAGUGGGACAUGGUCUGCUGAGGAUCCCAUCACUGCUCUCACACAUGUGAUGGACAGAGUCGUGGCAUAUGUGGAAAGUGUUCUCGGACUUCUCACCUGGUGUCUUCCACAGCAGGUUUUCUAUGCAAAUAGGGAAUUUACAUCUCUUGAAAAAAUAUGUUUUUUGCUGUUUGAAACUCCUUUUGUGCUUUUGGUCACUGUUGUACUUUCUAAAGAACUAAGACUUCAUCUGCCAAGCGCCACCUGCUCCUCCCUACUCUGUGGACACGAUGCACAUGGACCCUGCACCCGCUCUGCCUGUGGAGAGGAGCUCCCACUCCGUGCUGUGCCACAGGGGUGGCAGGAGGUGGCCUUUUGGGGACCCUGUGCUGCUGUGGAGCAACACAACACUGUGGGCAGAGGGACAGCAGGGGUCAGGGCAGCCUUGACCCCGUUCUGUGGCCUGGCAGCCACAUGCGUGCUCGUCUGGGAGUUCCUCAAAUCUUUGAAACACAAGAGAGUGGUUAAAACCUUUUUAUAUCCUUCCUUUUUUUUUUUUCCUUCCCUCUUUCCUUUUUAAGGGCUGGCACAUAACCAGAUGUAGUCACCAUUUAUUUUUUCCACUCUACUGCCUUAAUGCUUGAGCAUUUGCUUUUUAAAUAAACAGAAAAAUUACCCCCUGUA